ACCUUACACUAGUAAUUUUACUUUACAACCUACAGGGAGCGAUUUACUCGGCGACCACAAAUUGGUCUUUACAGACGACAAAACAUCUGGCUGGAGAAAUUUAGACAGUUUCAUUGACCCAGUUUUGUAUGGCUCCUCGAAGCUUUCACAAAGCUCUGUGGCCAGCGAACGAUCUCUCAUUCCUUUCCAAUACUUCAUUAUGCAUCUGGUCUGAAGUACAGAUCCCGCCACGUCAUAUCUAGCUAUCGUUCGCUAGAGAACAACACCCAGGCAAGAACGCCGCGCCGAGUUGAAAGGAACGUUAUCGUUGUACCCAUUCGUCAUGAACCAGGCAGCUAAUGCAGAUAACGCCAGCGGCCAAAGAGUUGAGUCCCCUGUUGAUAACCCCCUGCAAUGCUGUUACUGUGGCAAAAUAUUUACAAGAAUCUACUACCGGAGGGAGCACGAGAGGAUACACACGGGGGAGAAGCCUUUUUCCUGUAGUAUUUGUGGAAAGAAGUUUAACAGCAAUGGCAGCUGCAAGAAGCACGAAAAGAUUCACCUCAGGGUCGAGGAGAGUGUAUCAAUGGAAUGCAGUCACUGCGGCAAAAUGUUUGACGACAUGCAGGAUUUCCGUCAACACAUGAAGACCCAUGAUGGUGCUAAACCAUACAGCUGUAAUAUUUGUGGACGUUCUUUUGGUUUUGAAGCCGUUUUAAAGAAACAUUUGAUGUUUCACAAUGGCCAGAAACCGUUUCAAUGUCUUGUAUGUUCGGCUGCAUAUUCAACAGCGAACGACUUGCGUAUGCAUGUAAAAACCCACACUGGUGAUAAACCAUAUAAAUGCCGAUAUUGUAACCUUAGGUUUCCAAACAGUCGACGACGCAACAUGCACGAGCGCUGCCAUGAGAAAUCUAACGAGCACAAAUGCAACAGGUGUGGAGCAACAUUCAACGGCGCCAACGCGUUGGCAACACACGAGGCUAACAGCUCCAUCCAUGGAGUUUGUCAGAGUGUUGAGAUUGAUCAGGAUGCUGGCUAUGACGACCAGAUGUCGGAGAGUUCUACAAGCACUCACUCCGUCCCAGGCAGUUCCGGAUUUGAUCGCUCUGUGAUGUCUGAGGUAGAUAUUGGACUGUUAGGAAAAGAAUACGAAAGGCCCAACAGCUCAGAGUCCCACGAUAGUGGGUUUCCCACAACUAACUAUAAUGGCACCAACGAAGCCGUGUACCCGACGUCCCUUCUUCAUGCCACAGAGAAUGGCAUCGUUGUCAAGCAAGAACAACUGGAUGGCGAGAGAGUGGAAUUUUCAGCAGGAAGCGUAGGUUCCGAUCCCGAUACCUCUAGCUUCAGUCCCAAGUCUCACCGUAUGUCUGUUGAAUCCGAUCGUAUGAGUAACCAUGACUACAGUGGACAGCUAACUGUAGUAGCCAAAGACUCCAAACAAGUACAGACAGAGCAGGGGCCGUACACAGAUUCCCUUCUCUCUCAGCUCGAGUCCUUAAAACAAAUUCAUGAAUGUAAAAACUGUGGUAUUCUUUUCAGAAAUUACUCCAUGUUUCUUGUUCACAAGACCCUUCAUGCGGACCCAGUUCGUCCGUUUGUCUGUCAUUUAUGUGGUGAGGAAUCUCGUGAUGCUGUAGAUUUCAAUGCACACCUUAUUUGGCAUAUGAAAUAAAUUUAAAACAUUUUACCAGGUAGAAAGAUGUGCUCGCCCAAAUUAUGUUAAAUUUACAAAUCAUACUUUAUAUGUUCUUUAAACGGGCUUUACUGGCUUACAAAUGUCCAUCUGAGGGUGACCUUGUUUUCUGACUUAAUCAGGAUUAAGGAAUCACUAGCCGAUUUAACUCCAUUAGGUUUAUACCACAGGCGGAUAUGCCUUUGUUAUCAUGUUGACAUGGUGGAUUCCUUGUAUUGUAAAUAUCCUGUAUCUAGUGACUUAAGAAAUAAAGACUAGAUGUUCAAA